CCAUGUAUCUGCAGGAAGGAGAUGACAGAAAUGGUCUUCCGCAGAAUCCAGUGGAUCUCUUUGGUACCAAUAAACUGGUGAAAAUAUGUGCACCAAUGGUUCGAUAUUCCAAACUGGCUUUCAGGACCCUGGUAAGAAAGUAUGGCUGCGAUUUAUGUUAUACACCUAUGAUAGUUGCUGCUGAUUUUGUCAAGUCUGCCAAAGCAAGACACAGUGAAUUCACCACAAACCAAGGAGACCAUCCUCUUGUUGUACAGUUUGCUGCUAAAGAUGCAAAGGUUUUAGCCGAUGCAGCCCAUCUUGUCUGUCCUUUUGCUGGUGGCAUUGAUCUAAAUUGUGGGUGUCCUCAGAGGUGGGCAAUGUCUGAAGGCUAUGGGGCUUGCUUAAUAAACAAGCCUGAUUUAGUCAGCGAUAUGGUUAGACAAGUACGAAACAGAGUCGAGAAUCCAAACUUUUCAGUGUCAAUCAAAAUAAGGGUUCAUGCAGACAUUACCAAAACAGUAGACCUUUGUCAAAAGGCGGAGGCUGCGGGUGUGUCUUGGAUUUCAAUACAUGGGAGACUUCCGGAAGAAAGACAUCAGCCUGUGCAUUAUGAUGGGAUAAAAAUUAUUAAAGACAGCUUGUCUAUACCUGUUGUAGCCAAUGGAGAUAUUAAAAGUUUAGAAGAAGCAGAGAAAGUUCAUCAUAUUACAGGAGCAGACGGUGUUAUGGCAGCCAGAGGCCUCCUGGCUAACCCAGCCAUGUUUGCAGGCUACGAGGAGACUCCACUAACAUGUAUUGCGGACUGGGUUGAUAUAGCUCUGGAACAUGGAACGCCUUUCACAUGUUUUCAUCAUCAUCUCAUGUAUAUGAUGGAAAGAAUAACUUCAAAACAAGAGAAGAGAGUUUUCAAUGUUAUUUCUAGUACAUCAGCAGUUUUAGAUUAUUUAAAAGGCAUGUAUGGGGUAUGAUAAUC